AUGCCUCCCAAAGCGGGCUCUCGCCGGGGAGCAUCAUCGGCCGCUGCACGAGGCAACAAUGGCGGCGACACCGGCUCAAACACAACUUCCAAUGCCCCCGCUACCUCCGCGAGUCCAGCGCCAACAUCUACCACAUCCACACCAGGCACGGCACGAGCACCGGUGCAACGAUUACAAUCCCUCAAGAAGCGUGCGCCGUCGGGGAGCAUCGGGCCUGGGCCUUCAGGGAGACCUACAAGUGCAGCACCAGUCCCAGGCCUAGGAGAACCGGCUAAACCAACAUUGAAAUACAAGCCCCGCGCCGUGGGACGACGCAGCAAGGAAGAGCGAGAGGCCAUCGAGAAACUUGAAGCGGAACGUCAUGCGGAGCGCUUGGCAGAGGCGGCGGCGAUUCAGCGCGGCAAGGCAAAUCUCGCGGCGCGGGGCCGGGCUGGCUUUUCGGGACGUGGACGCGGCGGUAUGGCUGGUAUGGGUGCGGCAGGUCCAUUGGGUUCUGGAGUUGCUGGGCGGAGGGGUCGCGGCGGGUCAAGGUUUGGCACUGCUGAUUCUCGGGGGACGUCCAUCUCACGACGAAGCAAAUCUAUGACAACAGGUGCUGGCGGCGGUUCUAUCUCAUCGGAUGAGAGCGAUAGCGAGAUUCGGGUCAGCAUUGACCGCAUCAACUUGGAAAGCGAUGCCGAUGACGACGAGGAGGAUGCGGUGCUGGAUUAUAAGAAGAGAAUGAAGCAGCGGAAAGGAAAGAUGGUCCUGACAGGAACAGGCGAAACAGGAUUGCGCCCAAUCCGCGUGGAGAGACAUGAGCAUGAAGAACGGGUGGUUAGUGUAAACAUGGAGUCUAGCACGACGAAGUCGGCCGAGCUGCGGCAACAAGCCAAGGACAAGGCCAAGGAGGAUGAUGCACUCUUCGUACAGGACGACGAUCAGACGCCGACAGAGACAGAUCCCCGGGUAAAGGAUGAGCCUACGGAUGAGAAUGAACGGUCAAUGGCGGAGGUGCCUCAUGCGGACGAGGCUGUUACAACCGAUGACGGAUUAUUGCCAGCACCAAAGGUCAAGGUGCGGCGGAAGCUCGGCUCGAGGGAACCGUCUGUGCCUGCAGUCAAGGACCCGAAGAGCUUAUUACGCACUAAAGAGGAUAUUGAAGAGUAUGACCGACAUGCGGAGGAUCUCGAGAUGAUCAAGGAUUUGUUCACCAAGGAGCCACCAGCAAAGACUAAGGAAACUACAGAAGGAGCUGAGGCUGCUACCGACGCUGCCACCGAGGGCGAAGAGAAGGAAAAGGAAGAGGAAGACGCAGAGGAAGAGCCGGACGAUGGCAAGCUGUCUGGACAAUUGUUCCUAAUGCAGUUCCCUCCCAUCACACCGAACCUGGUUAUCCCCACCGCAGGUGGGAACAAGGAUGAAGAGGCUACGGAAGUACCCAACCCCGCUGCGUCACAAGCAGCCGCACAGAACGGUGCCAACGAACAGCCAACUAAUCUUGGUCUGAAACGGGAAGAUGACUUUGAAGUGCUAGAUGGGACUGAAGAUGCGGCGACCACAGGCACGCCAUCCAAGGUUGUCACGGCAGCCGACUGGCAACUGCAGGCCGGACGGGCAGGGAAACUUAACGUUCACGCUUCGGGCCGGGUGACGAUGGACUGGGGAGGGAUCAGCUUCGAACUGGAUCGCGCAACGGCGGUUGACUUCCUCCAGGAGGCGCUAAUCGUUUCAACGCCGCCCAAUGCGACGGAGGAGAUGGUGGAUGACGAGCAUAAGGUGUGGGCGAUGGGCCAACUGAGCGGCAAGUUUACUGUGAUGCCCGACUGGGGGAAGAUGUUGUAG